CCUUUCUUUUUAAGUCUUACCCAAAGUCCAAAAGGGGCAUGGGGUGUCUGCUUAUAUAUAUUCUAUAAUCAGCUCGAGCCUAGAGCACCAGCCAUUUCCUCUGACAGAUACUAGAGAGAUAUCGGGCAUGGCUUCUUUUCUUUGGACUUUAUGUCUCGGCUUUCUAUUCUUGGCCUCUGGAACUAUGAGUGCCGCACCAAGAAAGCCCGUAGAUGUGCCAUUCGGCCGCAACUAUGUGCCCACCUGGGCUUUUGAUCACAUCAACUAUCUCAAUGGCGGUACCGAGAUUCAGCUCAAAUUAGACAAAUACACAGGGACCGGCUUUCAAUCCAAGGGCUCUUACUUGUUUGGUCACUUCAGCAUGAACAUUAAGAUGGUUCCUGGGGACUCUGCCGGAACGGUGACUGCUUUUUAUUUAUCUUCUCAAAACUCAGAGCAUGACGAGAUAGACUUUGAGUUCUUGGGGACCAGAACCGGACAGCCCUAUAUUCUGCAGACCAAUGUGUACACCGGAGGAAAGGGAGAUCGAGAGCAGAGAAUUUAUCUUUGGUUUGACCCUACCAAAGACUACCACACCUACUCCGUUCUGUGGAAUACGUUUCUGAUUGUGUACUUCGUGGAUGAUGUGCCCAUAAGGGUGUUUAAGAACAGCAAAGAUUUGGGGGUGAGGUACCCUUUCAACCAACCGAUGAAGAUAUAUUCAAGCUUGUGGAAUGCGGAUGACUGGGCCACCAGGGGUGGUCUGGAGAAGACGGACUGGUCCAAGGCUCCCUUCGUGGCCUCUUACAAGGGGUUCCACAUAGAUGGGUGCGAAGAAUCCGUGAACGCAAGGUUCUGCAAGACACAAGGCAAGCGAUGGUGGGAUCAGAAAGAGUUCCAAGACCUUGAUGCUCAACAAUACGACAAACUCAGGUGGGUUCGCCAGAAGUACACCAUCUACAACUAUUGCACUGAUCGUGCACGCUUCCCGACGAUGGCUCCUGAAUGCAAGCGAGACCAAGACAUAUGAUCCUGGCCUCUCUUAUUACUCCAUAUAUAGUUACCCAGUAUCUGCUUAAGUUUACGAUUUAUAAUUUAUGAUUUAUACUGUUACAAUAUUGGGCUUGUAACAUUGAAACUAAAAAGAGGGUGAAGGAGUGGCCAUUAUAUUUAUUGUUUCCUUUCAAUGAAAUUGCUAAGCUGUAUUCUAUAUUUUCUGUCAAUCACGGCUCUUUCUCUGUUUA